UAAACGCUUAAUGUUUAAAAGCGUCUGGAAUCUUCGGGUGAUCAACUGUCAAAUGACUAGAAUUUCUUUUUUGUGCGUAUUAUGAAAGCUGUUAGUUCGUGAACAUGUCUGUGGGUAUUCCUAGCGCGGUGUUAGCGGCAGGAUGGAUUCCAUUUGUAAUUGUUAUUGUGUUGAUCCUGGUGUUUUCGGGUGUUUAUGUGUUGUACUACACAAGUCGCAAGGACAGAGAAUGGUCCAGUGUUAUCAGUGCAGUAAUAUCCAUGAGUGUGGCCCUGAUGACAAUGGCCUUGAUCCCUGUGGACGUAUUUUUGGUGUCCUUCAUGAAGACAUCAAAUGGAACAUUUAAAGACUGGGCACAGAACAAUGACACCAGACAGUCUCUGGAGCAGUCGGUGUUGGUUGGAUAUUACACCAUGUACGGUCUCAUCACAUUCUGCCUGUUCAUGCUGCUGCCCUUCAUGUACUUUUACUAUGAGGAGAGGGAGGAGGAAGCCACAUGCAAAACUAGAUUCUGUGGUGCCCUGAAGUACUCUGUAGCCUUCUUUGUCAUGAUGUUUGUUCUACUCUUAAUUGGGGCCCUUGUGCACACAAAGCAGGUUGCCAAUCAAAACAACUCCACCUCAGAAAUUGAAAAGCUGGCAGGCCUGUUUGACAUGGAGAGCAACUGGGUUGAGAACAGCCUGUCCCUUGUGAUGAGUGUCAUCAGUCUGUUAGGCCUCCUGAUUGUGGUCAUAUACACUGCAUAUGGCAUGGCAUCGCUGCCUAUUGAGCUCAUCAAGGGACACAGGAAUGUGAGACUGGAGCGUGGAGAUAUCCAGAAUAGGCAGGAGGAGACCCGGCAGAAGAUAAAGGCCAUCAGGGAUAAGUAUGGCCGCGGCAAGAAGAUGUCAAAUCGUGAUGCCUCAACAAUUGCUACGCUCGAGGAAUCAGAGGCAUUGAUGGAGCGCCAAGAGCGCCACCUGGGAGCGAGGGACACCUGCUGUCAGAGAUGUCUCAUUGUUCUGAGACCAUUUGCCAUCGUGUUUGGAAUCCUGCUCAUCUUGGUAGCCAUUUUGGUGUUCCUGUCCCUGCUACUGACCAACAUUGAUAAGACUCUUGCCAAUGGUCUUGGACCCAAGAGUGGUUACAUGCUGAAGAAGCGCACACUUCCCAAUGUGGUGGAUAUCAUCUUGGUCUUCUGUCAACAGGCGUUUCCUCUGGACUAUGUGCUGUUUGGUCUGCUCACGUUCUACCUUGUCUUCAGCUCCAUGGCAGGCAUCAAGAACAUAGGCAUCUGGUUCUUCUGUCUGAAGAUGUACAAGAUGCGCCCCCAUCGUACUAGGCCCCAGGGUGUGCUCAUGAUGUGUAUGAUACUUAUGCUGGCCCUCCUGGGUAUCAACAUCAUCCUGUAUGAGCUCACACCGCAGUACACGUCCUUCGGCAACCAGAUGUUCUGGGGUGUGACUGGGCCAAACUCCACAUCGCUAGAGAAAUGCACAUUUGAUAUGCAAGCGCAGGUGUUGAAAGAUGAAUGUAUCCAGUCCCGCAUGUCGAUGCUGCUGUCUCGGUUCUUCUACAAGAUGUGGUUCUUUGGUGCUGCUUACUACUGGGCCACAUGGCUCUUCCUACUGUUCAUUCUGGUUGGUUUCGUUGUGGCCAUCUGCAAGAAGUCCAAGUCAGCCAUAGACGGGGAGGUAGAGGCAGAUGACAUUGAUGACAGCAGCGAUGAGGAGCUCCUGCAGCACUGACAUGCCACGUGAUACAGCAUGUGUCAUACCAUGUGACGUACCAUGUGACACACCAUGUGACACACCAUGUGACAGCAAGAUACUCUAGGAUAUACUUGGUUGUAGUGCAUUGUUCUGAACAAAAUGUUUGUGCUUGUCUUAACAUAUAUAUGAUAAUGUUUUGAUAAGUUGUGAUAAUGAUGUGUUGUACUAAAAACCUUAUUAUAAGUCCUUAAUGUAACAUUUUUUGAAGAAUUAUAAAUACUCGGACACAAAUCCCUAAACAAUGUUUUUUUUUCCUUUUUAGUAAUUCAAUGUGUUUCUUUUUUAACUUUAUACAGUAGUACAAUAAUCCUUAUUUCAUGUUUUUUAUUUAACCAUUGGCAGAAUGGGGUUUUGGUGACAAAGGAUUUCUAGCUUUUUCUAUUGUUAAUGCUUUUCUUUGAAAAUGGUUUGUGAAUGUCAUGUUAUUGUGAAUAAAUAAUUAUGAUAGUUGUAAAAAGAUCUGGUAAUUCAAUGGCUUUUAUUUGGCGGAAUGAAAACUGUAAUAAAAAUUGAAUGAA